AUGGUUGCAGAUUCACAUCAUCGUGCACGAAGAUUUGCUGGAGUGGCGUGCGUGGGCGGCCGUUUCCGCGCAGGUUGUUGCUGUGUGGUGGUGGUGGUGGUGUUUGCACUGGCGGGACGUGUCCAUUCAGGUUUCACCGCCGGACCACCGGCAUCUUUCCGUGGUGCGGGAUUCUAUCGGUUUGGGCCAACUCCAACGGAAUGUCGUUGUGUGGUUGAAACCAGUCCUGCGGAGCUCGACGCGGCAGUCAGGGCUGGAGGUGCGGUUGUCCUCGAUGUCUACGCCGUAUGGUGUGGUCCUUGCAAACUUCUGGAACCAGCACUGCGCAAACUGGCCGGACGCUUUUCAAGCGGUGAAUUUGAUGAGCGUGGCUCCCCACGCCCCCAAGUCCUGCGCCUGGACAGUGACCGGCACACCACCAAGGCAACUGCGUUGGGUGUGGAAGGUCUCCCCACAGUAAUCUUUUAUAAGCACGGUGUGGAGACAGGUCGGUUUGAAGGAUCUGUGAGCCUGUCCCAACUGGAGGAUGCAGCUGCUGCAGCGCUGGGAAUGGUGGAGCUCUUAGACGACACGGGACUGGCUACGGAAGUCAGCAGCUUGGAGGAAUUGGAGCUUACCGUGCAAAUGGAAGAUGUUCUCAUGCUUGGUGUCCUCGGCAGUGGAACAUGGGAGCAAGAUUCCGCAGCCCUGGAUGGUACACUGCAGCUUCUUCGCCGCCAGUUAGGUGGGCAGAUGCAGGUGCUGACGUUGGAUGCCUCCAGCUUGCCAGGAGUCGCCGAGAGUCUUCAGCUGGGCGACCUCCCAGCUGUUGUCAUCUUUCAAGAUGGGCAGAAGGUGAUGCAUUUGGAAGGGCGGGAUGCUGCUGCAGCCAGUGUUGAUGACCUUCAAGAUGCCUUGGAAGAUGUGGUUACGGCAAGCGACAUGGAUUGA